AUGGCUGUAGUGGAUUUUCUGCUAACGUCGCAGGGAGCGGGAAACACGAUCUUUGUGCUUAUGAAAGGUAGAAAUGUCUUCAUUGAGGAAGUGUCGUUGCGCUUGUGAAACGAUAUCGUGAGGAGGAGCUUGCGCGCUAGACUGCUCUACAGCAACCUUGUUAUAUGUAUUUAAAAGCGAGUUUGU